ACGCACCAGUAGGAAAGUGAAAGUAAAGAAAAUUCUGUCCACGAAAGCCUUGCGAGGAUUAAUUUUUCCCAGGUUUUUGAAGAAUCUACAUUAAAAACACCCCAAUUCGACGCAAUACGAUAUAGUAUUCAUUUCCGUCUGCAGGACUUGAUCUGGAGUUGCAUUAAGAAGGUUAUAUUUCACCCUGGACUUGCAGCAGGACAUGGGUGUAGGCCUACAGCAGACCCACAGGUGCUUUGUGGUUGCUCUUUGUGCAUUUCUGUAUAGUUCUCUUCCUGUUUCAAGUAAUUUGGUGGUCUUGGUGAAGAACGCAGUCUCAGUGGACAGCGACCAUGCGAUUACAUUACCAUGCUGGCUCAAUCCAUCACAAAGCGCAGAGAAUCUGGAGGUACGUUGGUACCUUGGUAAAAACUUUGAUGACCCAAUCAUGCUCUACCGGGCAAAAAAGAUGGAAGUGACACCGUACCAGGGCAGAGUGGAGUUUGGCUUAAAGGAUGCCACAUCUGGUGGGCUGAAGACAGGUGAUGUGAGCCUGAAGCUGUUAAGUGCCACACUUAAGGACGAAGGAGACUACACUUGUUACGUCAGCAGCGAUCAGGGUUAUGACACUGGAAUUGUCAAACUCACUGUGACUAAAAUGGGAGCCCCCCCUAUUCUUUCAGUAAUGUGGAAAAAUAACGUGGCCAAUGUGAGCUGUGGCUCUAAAGGCUGGCAUCCAGAGCCACGGCUGCGCUGGUCAGACCAGAAAAAGGAUCUGACCCCCGGAGGCCUGCAGCACAGCGUAGAUUCUUCAGGUCUUCAGUCAGUCCACAGCUGGAUUCUUGUCUCCGACUCCUCUGAAGUUUCCUGCUCAGUAGGACUCUCUGAUGAAGGGGCAAAAGAGGCAAGACUGCUCCCGGUACCUCCUCAGAAAGAGGAGUCAGGAUCCUCAGCAGUGGGGGGCUGGGUGGCCUUUGGUAUUGUCCUGUCUCUCCUGAUUGCUGUGUUAGCUUCACUUGGACUGUUGUACUUCAGAAAGAGAGCUCUGUUUUUGGGAAAGACAGACAAACCAGGGAGUGAUGAAGAGAAUCAGAAACUUCUACUAAAAGAUGUGGUCCAGCCAACAGAUCUGUCAACAUGUAUCACUCAUUACGUAAAUGUUACACUUGAGGAGACAGGAAGUCCACAUCUCAUAAUCAAGGAUGGUAAACUGAGAGACAAAGGGGGACAAUAUACUGAGGGACAAAAGGUUACCUGUCUCACUGCUAUUAAAGGAACACCUGGCUUCUCUUCUGGUCAGCACUACUGGGAGGUUUCUUUGGAGAAUCCAAGUGUAGGACUUAAAAAGUCCUGGUGGGUCGGGGUUACAAGUGCUGCUAUCAUCCUUCCUGAGUCUGACAUUCCCCUAACUGCAUCUAAUGGUUUCUGGUUCUUGUCCUCUUCUCCUGACAAAGAAGGGAGCUUGCAGAUUAGCACAGAACCAAAUUUAUCGCUCCAUGUCUCUGCAAGACCUCAGAUAGUUGGCGUGUAUCUGAAUUAUGACAGCGGAGAGCUUUCCUUUUAUAAUGUGAAAGAUAAGCGUCUCAUUGCCAGUGUAACAGCCUCAUUCAGAGGUGAAGUCUUUCCCUUUUUCAAUCCUGGUAUAGGUGACAAGGCACCUAUGGAGAUACUGCAGAAAUCAGUACUGGAUUUAUCUAGUGACAUGACAAACUCUGUGGAUGAAACAUAACCUUUCUUAAAACACUAUGGAAAGACAGUAAGAUGAUAACAAUCAGGAUCUGUUGUAUAUUUCAGCUCCGUACUUUAUCCUGUGUUGAGGGAGAAAAAACGUCAUUUAUCCUUCAUUGUAAUUGUACUUUUGCUUUGUAAUUUUUUAUUUGAACUCUAUCUCAAAGUAUGUUUAAUUUGUUAUGCCACUACAAGUAAACAUGCACUGAUAUUAACACAUAUUGUUUAAACACUAAUUAUAAGGGGCUGAUCAUAUAAACACUAAAGCCGUAAUUGAUUGUACUGUUUUAUGACUGAAAAUUGUUGUACAUGUCUGCAUGAAAGCAGAUAAACUUUGAAGUGCUGAUGUGUUGUAUUUGACUUUUCGCUUGUAAUCACCUUUGAUAUGAUUGUGUGUGCAGAUUAUUUGUAUUUUUUCACACUAUUUUCCUUUUCAAUCCUUUAAGCUAUAAAAUGGUUUUACAGUG